AUGGACAAGAUUGAUGCCGCGUUAUUACCAGCCAGCAUAAGGAGCAACUCACCGGCAACACAAAGCCAAACACCAACCAUAGCAGCGGUUUUCGGUGUAGCCGGCCUUGGGAAGACCCAGCUUGCAUCGCAAUAUGUAUCCACCCGCAAGCAGAAUUUCGAUGCCAUCUUCUGGAUAUGUGCUGAAAGUUCCGAGAAGCUGGAACUUGACUUUUGUAAGAUAGCCACUCGAAUUCGCCUUGUCCCGGAGAACGAGCCCAGCAACCCGACAUCAGCCAAAGAACUUAUCCACUCAUGGCUCGCUAAACCAACUUGGACAAUUGGCGGCAGAGAUGAUCACGUCUUGUCCCCCAAAUGGCUCUUGGUAUUCGACAACGCAGAUGACCCUCAAAUUCUGGACGACUAUAUUGAUGUAGACGGGCCAGGGUCGAUUCUCGUAACGUCGAGAAACCCUCUAGCCUGUGAUCUUCCUGGUAAUGUUGUCCCGAUACCGCUGCCUCCUUUUUCAGAGGAGGAAUCCCUGGAGUUCUUGAAAAAGACGUCCAAAGGCCUGAUCAGGUCCCCCAAAGAUCACAAUACCGGACGCCAGCUACAUCAUCAACUGGAUGGGCUUCCUCUCGCUCUAGCUCAAAUGGCGGGCAUCGCGAAGCAACAGUUUCUUUCAUUCUCUGUCCUGAAGCAGCGAUUGGACGAUCAUACUGAUCGGGGAAAUCUUUUUGAGGUCCAAAUCAACAAGAAUUCUCGCGGCAACCUUUCAUCCUUGUUCACGAUGGAUGGCUUAGGUGCUGAGCCACAACUCCUUGCUGCCAUCAUUUCUUGCUUUCACCCUGACCACAUUGAAGGGUCCAUCUUCGAUAACCUGUCCUCAGACGAUAUCUUUGGGGGCCACUCACCAAUGAAUCGCAACGACUACUUCAAGGCAAGAGCUACGCUCCUUUAUGCUUCAAUCAUCCGAGAGAACAACGAUUGCACCGCGACACACCUAUCGAUGCAUCGGGUACCUCAACAGGUUAUCAGAGCCAAUUUAUCCAAGAAUCCGGAACAAUUAGCCAAGGUUUUCUCCAUCGCGGUAAAACUUAUCCGCAGCACAUGGCCGAUGUUACCAUUUGAGCAAAGGCAUGCGAGGAGACAGGGGCCUGUAUCACGGGAAGUGCUCAGUGAUCAUGUCAAUUCUUUACAUUACAUGUACGAAACAGAGAAGUCUCUUCUCAUGCCUCAAGUUGAAUCUUUUGAAGACACCGAGUUUGACCUCGGCACAAUUCUGCAAGAAACAGCCUGGUGGCUAUACGAGCGCGGCAACUUCCUCAAAGCGCGUGAAACAGCCGCAAAGAUACUUCUGUUGUGCGACAAGUACGAGGGUGUUGAGAGAUGGCUCGAUCUAUCUGCUCUUGUGUGCGACGUCAUGGGAUGCGUUGCGAAUGGGACUAAUCGCCCUGAAGAAUCAGAGAAGUUCAACUCUAAGCAGCUGAUAAUCCGAAAGGAGAUCUCCGGCAAAACGGGCAAGGAAAACUUCCAACUAGGGUACGCAUACAAUCAGAUGGGAUGUUCCUUGAUGAUGUUCAAGAAGUUUGAAGAAGGUGGUCAAAUGUUCCGGCAAGCAUUGGACAUCUGGCAUAGGGUGCCAGGCUAUCGGAAAGGUCUAGCCUUAAUGGAAUACGCCAACUUUGGUAUGAGUCUAUGGCUUCAAGGGAGAAUAGGUGAAGCUGCUGAGGUCCUUGAGGAAGGACAAAGAGAAAGCGAAGAAGGCCUUGGGAAAUUGAGCAUGGUUUCUUUCAGGCCAGGAAGAGUACUUCACGCACUCGGAAACGUCAGACUCAGCCAAGGCCGCGUGGAAGAGAGUGAGCAAUUUCACAGAGAUGCCCUCAAGACAUAUCAGGGGGCUGUUGGCAGCAAGUAUCAUCGAACGGCCGACAUGUGCUAUAAGCUAGCACAACAUUCUGUUCGUCGGGGUGAUAAAUUAUCACUCAAAAUUGCCAUGACUUUAAUUGAUCAAGCUCUUGUUGCCUACGACGCCAACGAAGGCGCGCAUGUGCCCGAGAUCGCGCGGUCCACCUUCAUGAAAGCAAAAAUUCUCUACAUGAUGAAGCUCUUUGAUGAUCAAAAUGAGGACACAUCGCAUGAGGAGGACAUAGAAUUACUAGAAAAGGCUCAUUUGAUGUAUAGGCAGCUUGUCCCGUCAACGCGAAUACUGCCAGGAGCAUUAAGAGAGUCUCAUUUCGAGGAUCUGGUAACAUUUUGGUCAAUGUAG